GCAGUUCGAGAAUCGCCUCACUUAAAGCAUCUCCGGUCCCCAAAAUUAUAUUAAGGAAAAAAAAAAGGAUUUUUCUGUGGGAGGCCCCCCCUGCAAUGAUAUUCUAACCUCUCUGUCUCUGCUCUGUCGCUCCCUUUCUCGCUCUGUCUGUCUCGCUUUCUGUAGAUCUCAUCCUAAAACCUCCAAGUCUCCCUUUUCCUCUGGAGAUUUGAUCGGAUCUUUACCCCUCAAUCAUUUCAUGGCUUUCGAGAAUCCAUUCAAGAGCAUACUCAAGACCCUCGAGAAGCCCGGCGGUGCCGGCGAGUUCGGCAAGUACUACAGCUUGCCGUCCCUCAACGACCCUCGAAUCGAUAGGCUGCCCUACUCGAUUCGGAUUCUUCUUGAAUCGGCUAUUCGGAACUGCGAUGAGUUUCAGGUCAAAAGUAAGGAUGUCGAGAAGAUCAUUGACUGGGAAAACACUUCCCCUAAGCAGGUUGAAAUCCCAUUCAAGCCCGCGAGGGUGCUGCUUCAGGAUUUUACUGGGGUUCCAGCUGUCGUGGAUUUGGCUUGUAUGCGUGAUGCGAUGAAUAGCCUUGGAGGUGAUCCGAACAAGAUUAACCCACUGGUUCCUGUAGAUCUUGUGAUCGAUCACUCUGUUCAGGUUGAUGUGGCUAGAUCAGAGAAUGCUGUGCAAGCAAACAUGGAACUCGAAUUCCACAGGAACAAAGAAAGGUUUGGUUUUCUUAAGUGGGGAUCUAAUGCAUUCCACAACAUGCUUGUGGUUCCUCCUGGAUCGGGAAUUGUCCAUCAGGUGAACUUAGAAUAUCUUGGGAGAGUCGUUUUCAGUACAAAUGGCAUCCUCUACCCUGAUAGCGUAGUCGGGACUGAUUCCCACACGACCAUGAUUGAUGGAUUGGGUGUUGCUGGGUGGGGAGUUGGAGGAAUUGAAGCUGAGGCUGCAAUGCUUGGUCAACCUAUGAGCAUGGUCAUUCCUGGUGUUGUUGGAUUCAAAUUAACGGGAAAACUCAGAAAUGGUGUGACAGCUACUGAUUUGGUCCUGACUGUUACCCAAAUGCUGAGGAAGCAUGGAGUUGUUGGCAAGUUUGUGGAGUUUCAUGGAGAGGGCAUGAGUGAGCUCUCGCUGGCAGACCGUGCCACAAUAGCCAACAUGUCUCCCGAGUAUGGAGCAACAAUGGGUUUCUUCCCGGUUGAUCAUGUCACCCUUCAGUACCUCAAAUUGACUGGAAGAAGCGCAGAAACUGUUUCCAUGAUAGAGUCUUAUUUGCGGGCAAACAAGAUGUUUGUAGACUACAGUGAGCCCAUGGUGGAGCGAACAUAUUCUUCAUAUAUGGAAUUGGAUCUGAAGGAUGUCGAACCUUGUGUCUCGGGCCCAAAAAGGCCUCACGACCGGGUACCAUUGAAAGAAAUGAAAGUGGAUUGGCACGCUUGCUUGGACAAUAGAGUCGGAUUCAAGGGUUUUGCAGUGCCUAAGGAAUCCCAGUCAAAGGUUGUAGAUUUUACAUUCCAAGGGACCCCAGCACAGCUUCGCCAUGGUGAUGUUGUUAUAGCAGCUAUCACGAGUUGCACGAAUACCUCGAAUCCUAGUGUGAUGCUUGGUGCUGCUUUAGUUGCGAAGAAGGCUUCUGAAUUAGGGUUGGAGGUAAAGCCAUGGAUCAAGACGAGUCUUGCUCCAGGUUCUGGUGUUGUAACCAAAUAUCUGCAGAAAAGUGGUCUGCAGAAGUAUCUGAACCAGCUGGGGUUCAACAUUGUGGGCUACGGGUGCACAACAUGCAUUGGAAAUUCUGGGGACCUUGAAGAAGCAGUUGCAUCAGCUAUCAGCGAAAAUGAUAUUGUAGCAGCAGCUGUGUUGUCUGGCAAUAGGAACUUUGAAGGUCGUGUUCAUCCAUUGACGAGGGCAAACUAUCUCGCUUCUCCUCCCCUCGUGGUUGCCUAUGCUCUUGCUGGCACAGUGGACAUUGACUUUGAAACAGAGGCUGUCGGGGUGGGCAAAGAUGGAAAGAACGUGUAUUUGAGAGAUAUUUGGCCAUCAAAUGAAGAAGUAGCAGAAGUUGUUCAGUCAAAUGUCCUGCCAGACAUGUUCAGAGCUACCUAUGAAGCAAUCACCAAGGGGAACCCCAUGUGGAACCAGCUGACUGUGCCCUCUAGCACCCUCUACUCUUGGGACCCGAGCUCAACUUACAUCCACGAGCCACCCUACUUCAAGGGCAUGUCCAUGUCUCCCCCUGGACCAUACGGAGUCAAGGAUGCCUACUGCCUCCUUAACUUCGGGGACAGCAUCACAACUGAUCACAUCUCACCAGCUGGCAGCAUCCAUAGGGACAGCCCUGCUGCAAGAUACCUGAUGGAGCGCGGUGUCAACAGGAGGGACUUCAACUCCUAUGGUAGCCGCCGGGGCAAUGAUGAGGUAAUGGCAAGGGGAACCUUUGCGAAUAUUCGGCUAGUUAAUAAGCUCUUGAAGGGGGAGGUAGGGCCCAAGACUAUUCACAUUCCCAGCGGAGAGAAAUUAUCGGUCUUCGAUGCAGCCAUGAGGUAUAAGAGCGACGGGCAAGAGACCAUUAUUUUGGCUGGCGCAGAGUAUGGUAGUGGAAGCUCCCGCGAUUGGGCAGCCAAGGGUCCGAAGCUUCUGGGUGUUAAAGCUGUGAUAGCGAAGAGCUUCGAGCGGAUUCACCGAAGCAACUUAGUUGGAAUGGGCAUCAUCCCAUUGUGUUUCAAGCCCGGCGAGGAUGCUGAUACUCUUGGGUUGACUGGCCACGAGCGGUUCACCAUUGACCUCCCGAACCGCGUGAGCGAGAUAAGACCAGGCCAAGACGUAACGGUGGUUGCCAACAGCGGCAAGUUGUUUACUUGUACACUGCGGUUUGACACUGAGGUGGAGUUGGCUUAUUUCGAUCACGGCGGCAUCUUGCAGUAUGCAAUCAGGAACUUGAUUGGUGCGAGCCACUGAGUACAAUGAUCGGGCAUAUUCGAGUAAAGAGCUGGGUUUUGCUUUUCUCAGGGUCUAUUCCAAGACCAAACUUUCUUUCACUGCCACCAUGGUCCCCCACAAAACAGAUGCAGGGGGCAACAGAUGAAUAAAGCGGCAGACACGAACUUCUGGAAUGUCAUACAAUGAGUCGUUACAUUUUGUAUAAUGUAUCCACUCGUUGAUUGAUAGUUUGACAUUGGCAUGUUUUCCUGUACAACACUUCAGAACUGUUUUACCGGGUUUGGAGGUGGAACAAUAUACUUUGUUGUUAAGUUUCUUCCUUGACAUAGGUUAUGUCCGACGGCACACGCCAAUGAAAGCAUUGGCCUUUGUUUA